UAGGACAACGCUGAUUGGUUGCUUGUUGAUACACUUCCGAAACACCAGUCCAACCGUUAAGACGAGGCAAGAUUUUAGCCGCACAGAGAAACUUCCUACAUUUUCUACCCGGUUUGCUCUUUGAAACAUUCCGCUUAUCCAGUGCACAAGCAGCAGGCGACUCCUAGCAUUCACCUUUCGUGCAUCACCUUUCGUGCUCUGGCAUGAAUUUCUCCGAGCUCCUCAAGCAGUCCAACCAGCUGUGCAAACUCUCCCCCGAUGGAAAGUGUUUGGCCACGUGUGUUCAGUAUCGCCUGGUAGUGCGGGAUGUCAGGACUCUGCAGAUUUUGCAGCUUUACACCUGUCUGGACCAGGUGGCACACAUGGAGUGGUCUUCAGACUCCCUCUUCAUCCUCUGUGCUAUGUACAAAAGAGGGCUUGUACAGGUGUGGUCUCUGGAGCAGCCAGACUGGCGCUGUAAGAUAGACGAGGGCUCGAUCGGACUAGUCUCCUCACGCUGGAGUCCAGACGGACGUCACAUACUCAACACCACUGAGUUUCACUUAAGAAUCACUGUCUGGUCUCUUUGCAACAAAUCUGUCUCCUACAUCAAGUACCCUAAAGCCUGCCAGAAAGGGAUGGACUUCAGUGCAGACAGACGCUACAUGGCUCUAGCUGAGCGACGAGACUGCAAAGAUUACAUUAGUAUAUUUGUUUGUGAUGACUGGCAUCUUCUCAGGCAUUUUGAAGCAGAAACACAGGACCUAGCAGGGGUAGAGUGGUCUCCUAACGGCUGUGUGCUUGCAGCGUGGGACGCCUGUCUCGAGUACAAAAUGCUGCUGUAUUCCCUGGAUGGGCGUCUGCUAUCAACCUACAGUGCUUAUGAAUGGUCACUGGGCAUUAAAUCAGUCGCCUGGAGUCCCAGUAGCCAGUUUCUGGCCAUCGGCAGCUACGAUGAGAAGGUUCGGAUCCUGAACCACAUCACCUGGAAGAAGCUCGUCGAGUUUGAGCAUCCAGCUACAAUCACUAACUCCAAAGCUGUGGUGUACAGAGAGGUGGAGAAAAAGCCUGUUGUUGGCAUUGAGGAUUUGUCCACUCAUCAGAUCGCCAUGACAAGUUCCCUGUUCAACACACAGAGCAAAUAUGAGAUUGCUCCAUUGCCAGUCCAGGUGUCAGUGGCAAAGCCUGAUCCAGAUCGUGCCAACCCCAAAAUCGGAAUCUCUGCUGUUUCUUUCAGUGCAGACAAUCGCUACCUUGCCACAAAAAAUGACAGCAUGGCGCAGUGUGUGUGGCUGUGGGACAUGCAGAGGCUCAGCCUGCUGGCCGUACUGGAACACACUUCAGCUGUGCGCUGCUUCGUCUGGGACCCAUGCCGGCCACGCCUGGCACUCUGCACCGGAAACGCCAAACUCUAUCUGUGGUCCCCCGCCGGCUGUGUGUCGGUCAAAGUGGAAGUGGAAGGUGUAGGUUUACAGGUGCAGUCACUGUUCUGGCACUGCGAUGGAGAAUCUCUGAUCCUGUUGGGGAAAGAUCAGCUGUGUGUGUGUUACAUGGCCACAGAUGAGGAAAAGUGAGUGCCAAGGAAAAGCCAAUGGCUACACUAAACUAGUACCAGCGUUGUAAACUUCCAUCUUAACUUGAUCUAUUUUAAGAGUAACUGCUCUUUGCGAGGGGGAAGCCCUACACCAACGUACAAUUAAAAGCUGAUCAAUUAAAAGUCAAUUACUAAAUAGAACAGCAGAUGUUUGCAAGGUUCCAAUGCCUGGCAAAAUCAUUACAUUCCCUAUAGAGUGUACCUUUUAUUUUAUAUUUCAGGCUUAGACGUUCCUCAAGAAAGACUCAGAAACUCAUCAUAGUUGUAAUAUCUUCUUACAGUAUUACAGUAAUACGUAAACAUUUUUCAAUCAGAUUUCAAUCUACAAGGCUCCCAAGUGGCGCAAGAGAAAAGCGUUUGUCCGAUCGUCGGAAGAUUCUGAGUUCCAAUACUGACAAUGCCAAUGCCACAGCCACGCCAGGCUUAGAGCCAAGGGAGCAAAAUUGGCCAUGUUCUCUGGGUGGGAGGGAUGUUAUACAAAGACAGUAGCCAAUCACGGGUGUCUGUGCUCACGUAUGUGGAAGAGGGCAGAUAGAGCUUGUGUUAUAGUGAAUGUGUUAUGCUGCCAUGGAGCAUGAGCAGCAGUUCUAAAAGAUAUGGAUGCCCCACCCUUCCCAGAGCUGGCUAGCAGGUGACCAAAUUAGUGAGAAAGGGCGGGUGAUCCUAUCUACAAAUUCCUAUCACAGAAGAACUUUGAAAAAAUUGCUCAUAAUAGAAGCCUAUUUAUAGGCUUAUAAGCCUAAGGGUGGUUGUAAAACUGUUAUGUUUAAGACCCACAAGUUUAUUCUAACACAAAUUCAUGUCACCACACAUUCUUCCUUCUGAUAAAUGAUUCCCUGGAUUAUUCCUUUAAGUUAAAAUAGUGUUGACGACUUAAUAGUUAAAUGACGUUUACAAUGAAUCUGUGGUCGACCGUAUGAAGGGCAGAGUACAGUAAGUAAGUGUGCUAAUAAGGGCUGGAUUUUUACAUAGAAAAUAGCACUGCUGUGAUUGACAGCCAGAUGUUUAAUGUACCUCAGGACUACAGGAUUGUAAUGCUGGAACACAAAUAUGCCAAAUCACACUGCAAAAGCUGAAUCUGUCCAUAUUGUAAUGUCCAGUAUUGUCUGGUUUAAUUGUUAUUUUAUUUAAGGCACCAAAUAUUCAUGAAGUAAGAGCAUUAAUAUGUAAAAACCAACUGUGUGACAUAGUUAGCAUAUUGCUCUAGGCUUUAUAGGGACCAUGUUUUGUCUGAUGUAGGAGAUAUUUUUAAUCUGUAAAUGUAGAGGUUAGGAUUAUUUUUAUAGGCUCAGACUUUCUAAUAAAGUUUUCUACAAAUCUGAA